UAUUUUGUCUUUCCUCUAUAAUUAGCAGUUAGAAUUUCCAUUACUUCCUUUUCUGAGCAUCUUUAUAAACCAAGCAAAGCAGCCUGUUAGUCCCAGAUCCACUCUGCUACCACCUGCACCAUCAUGCCACUCAGUGCCCACCUGCUACUGGCAGUAACUGCCCUCUGCUGCGUUGCCACCAUGUUUGCCUUCCCGCUGGAGGGAUUUACCAGGGGUCACCAGUGCCGCUGUUUAAGCACCACAGACACCUACAUGAACCCUCGAUGGUUUCAAACAAUUGAGAUCGUGCCUGCUGGGCCACACUGCCGCAGCAGUGAAGUUAUAAUUACCUUGAAGGACAAAAAAACAGUGUGUGUGGAACCUGAGGCAGGCUGGGUCCAAAGAAUUAUCUCUAAAGUCAUUAAAAGCAAAGAUGCGAAGAAGUAAGAAGUGCCAUCUGUGCAUCCUGAAGACGACCAAACGUGCACACUUUCUCUUCGCUCAAAAUGAAAGCAAGCUCACCUUUUUUCCUUUUAAAAUGCAAUUACUCUGUUGAAAAUGCUUUACUGCAUAAAAGACUACUAUUAAAAAGUGAGGCCUGACUAUAGAAUAUGUGCUUAAAAUGACACACAAACAUAUUACGUCUUUGUGUAUGAGAAUACUUAUUAAAUUGUGCAUCAUUA